AUGAAACUACCUCUACCUAUUAGAGAUGAAUUAGGUAAUAUUACGAUUCCUCUUCUGAAUAAAUCAAAUUCAAUAUCACAACAAGGGAGUUUGCCAUAUAAUACAAUUCCUGAUGAGAAGAAAUCUUUUGAUGAGAAAAAGUCUUUACUACUUAGGUUCCAGGAGAACGAUGAAAUUGAUGGAGAUUUUGAAGAAUUAUCAUUUUCAAGAUUUUCGAAUUCUGGAUCAGUAGUUUUACUUAAAGAAAGUGAUGGUAAUGAAUCCCCAUUUGUUAAAAAAUUUAAUGAUAAAUUAAUUAUAAAACCAGACUCAAUAGGAAGUCAACGGAAAAAUUUAGGUUCACAAGAUGACAGCAGUGAUAAGGAAAAUUUCAUAUUUCAACCACCAGAAACUGAAAAUUAUAAAAAAGAUCAUCCUGGUAUUUUUAAACCUUUUAGAAUUUUUGGUGAACAAUCUCAAUCAACUCCAAAACAUAAGAAGAGCGACUCUCAUCAAAUCUCAUUAACACCAGCUCAAAAAAUUGUAUCUAAAUUUCAUGAAAUAAAGAGAAAUGGGAUAGCUGGUUUUGAAUUUACUUCUCCAAUUGGUAAUGGUGCAUUUGCAAGUGUUUAUAAAGCAACUAAUCUUGUUACUGGUCAAAUUGUAGCCGUGAAACAAAUAAGAGUUGAAAAAGAUCAAGAUGUUGAGACUCUAACGCGUGAAAUUGAUCUUUUAAAAAUUUUAAAACAUCCAAAUAUUGUUAAAUAUCAUGGAUUUGUAAGAGACACAAAUUCAUUAAAUAUUAUAUUAGAGUAUUGUGCAAAAGGUUCCUUACGACAAUUGUAUAAAAAACUAAAAUCUGGAUUUCCAGAAUCACAAGUUAUAGAUUAUGUUAGAGAAAUUUUGAAAGGUUUGACUUAUUUACAUGAACAAGGUGUGGUACAUAGAGAUGUAAAAGCUGCAAAUGUUUUAAUUACAGAUGAUAACCAAGUUAAAUUAGCAGAUUUUGGAGUUGCGUCAAAGGUCAAUACUCAACAUCAUACAGCAGUUGGCACUCCAAAUUGGAUGGCUCCUGAAACCAUUUUAGGAGGUGAACCUUCAUGUACAGCAUCCGAUAUUUGGUCUUUAGGUGCAACAACAAUUGAACUACUUACAAUGAAUCCCCCUUAUCAUGAAUAUAAUGCAAUGGCUGCACUUCAUGCAAUUGGAACAGAUGAUCAUCCACCUUUGCCUAAAAAUAUAUCGUCCUUAGCAAGAGAUUUUUUGUUAGAAUGUUUCCAAAAAGACGCAAAUUUACGUAUAAAUGCAAAUUUGUUACUCAAGCAUCAAUGGUUGAAUCAAAACUCAGAAACAAAGAAUAAAAGAAGUAUGCAAAAAUUAUCUCAAUUGAAAUUUGAUUUGCUAAAUUCUGAUGAACUUAGUUUCGGAGACUUAAGUACAAGUUCACGUCGUCCAAAUAUUGAAUUAAAAACUAAUUUAUCCAAAAAUGACUUACUAAACAAGUUUCAGGAAGGUGAUGAAAAUAAUUCUUUAAUUUUUACAAGUCCAGAUUUCGACAAAUUUUUAAUUACAAAUGAUGAACAACAAAACGAUGAAACUGAAGAAAAAGAUCCAUUUUUAGAUAUCGAAAUUGAAAAUUUUGAUACUAAUGAGUUAGAAAUCCAAGUGAAAAUGGAAUAUUUGGUUGUGAAGUUAAGUCGUAAAUUAGAACAUAUCCACCAAGAAGGUUUUGAAAAUGUUGAACCUUUGAUUAAAAUCACUGGAAGAAUGCUUCAUCUAAUUAAAAAAUAUCCAUUUCUGCAUGAUACUUUUAUUCGUGAUCAUGGUACACUUUGUUUGAUUGAACUUUUGGAAUCUUAUAAUGAAAUACCUAAACAAAAUCAAUUGUGGUAUCAUACUUUAGCAAUACUUAAUAAUAUAUUUGAAAAAAACGUUGGUCAAUUAGAAAACUUUUGUUUUUUAGGUGGCAUACCAAUAAUUGCGCAGUUUAGAAAUUCAACAUAUGAUAUGAGAGUUAGAUUAGAAGUUGCAAAAUUUAUUAAUUGUUUAAAUAUCUCAAAUAAUGCAUUAUCAAUGUUUGUUUCAUGUGGUGGUUUACGGGUUGUCUCAAAACUUCUUGAAGAAGAUUUUGAUAAUAGUGCUACGUUUCCGUUAGUAGCAGUUGAAACAAUUCAUAAUAUUUUGAGUAGAGAUGUUAGCAGAUCAAAAUCAGAUUUAUGCCGAAUCUUGUCCAAACAUGGUGUUUUAUUUUGGUUUGUUGUUUUACUAAGAAGAUUACUGAAGAAAUCCACUAAUGAAGGAAAUGUGCCUGUAAAAACUAUAAACGAUUCAGUUGCAAAAAUUGUUGAUGUUGUAAAAUAUUUCGGUCAAGCAGAAACAAAAGUUAGAAUAUCAAUCUCAAGUGUCGAUUUAUUUAAGUUGUUGAUUAAAAUUUAUGAUAAUUUAAUAUUUACCCAGAAGUUAACCAUUUUGAAAUUUAUCAAAUCCAUGUCAUGCAUAAAUGAAGUUUUGAAAUAUCUUUACAAAGCCGAUAUAUUAGAGUUUUUAAUGAAACUUUUAGAGCAGUACACUCCAUCCAAUCAUCAGUACAAAGAAGUAAUCAAUGUCAUAUCACCAAUCAUAUACAAUUGUCUUUCAUUAAAUUAUACAAAAGAAGCAGAAUUUGUUAACUUGGGUGCUGUUCCAUUCCUAAAGAAUCUUUCAAUUAUAAAUUUACCAUUUCGUCAGUUCAUCUUACCAAUAAUGUGUGAAUUAGUAUAUUGUGACAGAACUGUUCGAGCUAAACUAAAAAAAUAUGAUAUUGUUGGUUUGUAUUAUAAUUUAUUAUUAGAUCCGUAUUGGCAAUCAAAUGCUUUGGAAUCUUUACUUCAUUGGUAUCAAUUAAGCCCAAAAACUAUUAAAUUAGAUAGUCCUUUAGCUGAUAGUUGUUUAGCUUCAGGGUUCCUUUUACCAAAAGUUUCAAAUUUUGAAUCAGUUUUGGAUGUAUAUUUACAAUUAAUUACAAUUAACAAGAGCCUAGUCAGAACAAUGCUGCAGGUCAGUAUUGUUCAAAAUUUAUUAACCAAAUUAAAAAAUCACAACCUGAAUUCAGUUGUUCAAUUAUCCCUUUUAAAGAUCUUAAAAUUUAUUUUGGGUUAUGUUGUCAAUGAUGACUUCAAUGAUAAAACGGAAGAAAAAAUCGAGAUUAUUGAACUAGUCAAACAAUCACUAAACAGCUUAAAAUUACGUCAAACCUCUUCAGUAUUGAUCGAUGAAGUUGCUAAUGAUAUUUUAAAAUUAAUUGAAUAG